UUUCAGCAGAGCAACAGACAGUCAGCCACCUCGGUAGCUUGCUAGCCAAAAUAGACGAACCAAUAAAGCUCUUUAGACGCUUUAGUGUAUAUUAGCCACUGUAUUUUAAACCCACUUCUGUCGUCUAGUUAGUUCUCCCUUUUAAUUACAUAAUUUUCAUAUUUACGGUAUUGUUUUCAUUCAUCUAGCGGGCUGGUUAAGUUAGCAUUAGCCAAGCUAGCUAACAUCUCCAACCAUGAGGUCACUAAGCUACUCUCUUGUUAAUGAAGAGGAGGACUGCUGGACGGAGAAAGAAGCUCUGGUGAAAGAGGAGGAGGAAGAGGAGGUUAUCACAGUAAAACAAGAAUUAGAGGGUGAGGCUGUUACAGUUAAACAAGAAUAUAAAGACGUUUCAGUGAAAGAAGAGGAAGACUCGUUCAAAGAGGAGGAGGAUUUUACAGUAAAAGAAGAGGAGGAUGCAGCUUUUGGGGUGAAAGAGGAGGAGGGGGAGAUGACUGUCAGAUCGAAAAAGGAGGAGGAGGAAACUGGAUAUCUGGGCCCGGUUUCCCAAAUGCAUCUUAAGGCAUCCAAUGGUUCUAAGGAUGAACUUAGCCAUAAGAUGGUUUUGAGAAACCGUUCCCUGAUUAACACUAGAGAGAUACGGGACUAUCGUGGAUCCUCUGGGGAGCCUCAACAACCUUAUGAUGCUGACGAGGCAGAGAAGAGUCUCUCCAGAUCAGAAAACCUCAAUAAACACCUGCAGAGAUCCACAGGGAAGAGAACUCACUGCUGCUCUGACUGUGGGAAGAGAUUCACCUCAUCAGGCAUUAAAAUUCAUCAGAGAACACACACAGGAGAGAAACCUUAUAGCUGUGGUCAAUGUGGGAAGAGUUUUGGUGCAUCUAGAGAUCUGACUGCUCUGUAUUGA